AUGGGACUCUACGACCAGCUGCAGGCCGUCCUAACCGGCACGUCUCUACUAAGCACCUUCCUCACCGCCGGACCUACAGUCGAUCUGGGAUACGCAACGUAUGCGGCAACGAAUGCCAGUCUUACGCCUGGAGUCACUAGCUUCCUCGGUAUCCGCUACGCUGCGCCGCCUACCGGCGAGCUACGUUUUAGCGCGCCGCAAGCACCAAGUACGGUUUCAACCGGUGUCCAGGAGAGCCUUAUGCCGCCAACUUGUUGGGGAGGUGUUGCCUUCGGGAUGUCUACGGAACCGACGUAUCACGCAGCUGGAGGAAAGGCCGUAGACGUGCCUCCUAUAGGCGAGCUCUCUGAUCCAGAUAACUCAAGCGAGGAUUGCCUGUUCGUGAACGUACAUGUCCCACAGUCGUUGGACGUAGCAGGCAACGCGUCCGCGCCGGUGCUGGUCUGGUUCCACCCUGGUGCUUACAUCGUGGGCGGCAACCGCGUAUACCCGACUGAGAACCUAGUGCGCAACGCCCCAGGAGAUCUCAUCGUCGUGAGCGUUCAAUACCGCCUUGGUCCAUUCGGCUUUCUCGCAGGACAAACUGUCAAGGAGGGCGGCGCAUUGAACGCGGGUCUGCUUGACCAGGAGCUCGCUCUGAAGUGGGUCCAGGAGCAUAUCGCGAAGUUCGGUGGCGACGCAAAUCGCGUAGCCAUCUAUGGCACCUCAGCGGGUGCAGGCUCAGUACUCCAACAUAUCGUCGCUCAUAACGGGGAUACACAACCACCCUUGUUCCACGCUGCUAUGCUCGGUUCGACCUUCCUUCCAAGUCAAUACAGCUGGGACGAUCCUUCAGUAGAGACCGCGUACCAGACGCUCGCGAACCAGGUGAACUGCACGGGUGCCGAUACGCUGGAGUGCUUACGCGCCGUUGACGCUCCGACUCUGGCGUUGGCUGGAAUACGUGCCACAUAUGCUCCGUUCCUCGGCGGCUUUGCGUUCGUCCCUGUAGUCGACGGGGAGCUGAUCACGGAGCGACCGUAUGAGAUCUUGAAGGGGAAGACUGUGAAUGGGGCACUGGCGUUCGUGAUGGGAAAUGGUGACGAGGGCUUCGUCUUCGCGCCCGAGUCAAUUGUAGCCUCUCUCACAGUACAGAGCUACAUCAAGGGUCUAUUCCCUGGGUUGGACUCUCACGAUUUUGAAGAGGCAACGCGUCUCUACUCUCAUCCUGAAGUAACGGCUACCGCGCAAAUCGCGGUGCAGAUCUACGCGGACACCGUAUUUAACUGUCCCGGAUACGCGGUCUUAGACGCCUUUGACGGUGCAAACAAGCCAGCGUGGAAAGGCCUCUUCGCUGCCCCUCCCGCGUGGCACGGCGACGAUCUCAUCUAUACCUUUGAGAGUGAGAACCUCGGUCUUGGCGUCACCAAAGUGCCGGAAAGCGACUUACGACUCGCUCAUACCAUGCGGCAGGCGAUACUCGGUGUAGCCACUUCAUCUGAUCCUAACGCAGCCGCGAUGACUUCACAAUGGCCGAAGUACAAUGCUGCCGAGCGUGAGGAGAUGCUAUUCAACAGGACGGAGGACGGAACGGGAUCAUAUGCAGAGGUCAUGAAGACUGACGAAGGACAGCUGCAGCGCUGCGAGUUUUGGAGGCGGCUUUCAGCGAAGAUGGCGCAGUAG